CAAAAGAGAACAUCACCACGUAUUCGCUUAGUUAAUAAAUUUUGUGGUCGUCUGUUACGGAUUCGUUCAAACUAUUCACUCAAAAAUGAAUUGGAAAGUGGCCUGUCUAACAGUUUUAAUUGUCAUCGGAUUCACCUCAAAAUUAUCCUACGCAGAACAAAAACUAGCGGAUGAGGAUAUCGAAGAAACGUCAGAGCUUGUCGUUAACUACCUCGGUCCACUACUCGAACUUAAUGGAUUCACUAUUGAAGAUUUGCCCGACCAUUUGAAGUACCUCACAGCCAAAUACUAUCUCAUUUUCUCCAGAGGAGACGAACCUCUUGACAAUCUGGAGAAAAUGGUUAGCGAUUACAAUAUAAUCCAGCAGAGUCAGGACCAAAUAGCCGAAAAAUUCCAAGAACACGUUGAACAUUUCGUCAAAGUAAACGAAUCGAACAACAAAAAAGCUCUGAAAAAGCUGAUCACCAAAGUGUUGGAGAGUCUCAACUUCGAUUUACAGAUAGUGAAGCCUAGAGACGCUAUAACAUUCCUACUGUAUCAAGAGGCGUAUCCUGAUAUAAUGAAAAUUGUAAGUCUAAUGGUUGGAAAGCACUACGAUGCCUAUCUGGAAGUGCGUGCCAAAGAGAAGAAACCGUCCAAUGACACCGAUCCACUACAACAGCCAACAGACGACAAAGGUUUUGCUGCAAUCGUUCGUGAAUUAGUCGCUUCUCACGGUCGGUUCGGAUUGCUCAAACGCCUUGUGACGUAUUUUGAGGAUUACAUACCGCCAGUUGACCGCAAAAAUGUGGAUGAAUCGACGUUAGACUAUUUAGAUGAUCUGCAGGAAUUUCUCGACGCUGAAAGUUCCAGUCUCUGGCGUUUUAUAAAGGGAUCUGGUUACACCGGGAUGACUGACAAGUGGAUCGCAAAGGCGCAGAAGUUUUACGUUGAUGUUAGUACUGUCAUUCCACUGCAAGAAAUUUUAAAUAUUUUCGACGCGGCUGUUUUGAACUUGAACGAUAGACGGGCACUUCUGAUUCUAAGAUCCGAGAUUGCCACAAGUGGCAGCUAUGGACUUACUGAUAAAGUUCAAAAUGCUAAAGAUGUUUUGAAAUUGAUCAGUGAAACAGUUACCAAUGAUCUUUCUGCUAUCCGUGACAUUCUUCUUGCCACAGCAAUGGAAGCUAACAGCGAGAAGAUAUCCGAAGACAUCUUCCUGAAAUACCUGGACAAAAUACUCAACCCCCAUGACAUGUCCACUAAUGAUCUUUCAACGCAAAUGCUUGCCAUAAUCUCUAGAACUUUUGAAAGAAUUAAAUCUAUUAAGGGAGCGUCUGCUACUGAUGAGAACACAAAGACGUUAGCAACGGAUCUGCAAUCAUUCCGAGAAAGCUUGCAACGAAUAAGAGACACACUCGCCAUUCUAAUACCAGAACAAAGCGAAUCAAAUCGCAUUGAGCUGCAUUCGUUGUUGCAGUUGAUCGUUAAUAAAUUUGGAUCAUUCGUUUCCGAACGGGAGAGUAAAUUAGUGCAAUUUGUCAACGGCGUCUUCGGAAACUUAGAUGAGAGACGGAAAUUCGAAGAGGAUGUCAGUCAUUUUGCGCUGCAACUAGAAACUGGGUUCAGCAAUAUUCCCAUAAAGCCUUCGGAAUUCCUAACAGAGAAGCUACUUGAACUGGUUGAAAUUAUUGAUAUCUUUGUUAACUUCACAAGCUUUUAGCGUUUCUAAGACAACUGUUAAAGGGACAUACAAAAAAGACGUUUUUUAAGGAAAUUUUUAAGUUUCGUUUUUUUUAUUAUUUACGUAAAAAAAUG